AUGCAGCAUGGCCACAACCACCAGCAGUACCACCCCAGGUUGCACAUCCUACUUUCCAGUUACCAGUGCCACAAACUGCAGCACCGUUCACGGCAGAUGCUUGGGGUGCUGCGCAUAUGCAACAUACGCACAGUACUCCAUCGUUUGUUCCUGGAGGUUUUUCUGAAACGAAUCCAUUUGCUGCUGCCGUUACUCCUCAACCAGUUUGUACCGCCUCGUGAUCCUUUCGAUACUCGUAACGUCUUACAUGUACAGCCAAUAAUACAGAAUACUGCUCCACGGACUGUUGACUGGGGAACGAAGGAGAACGCUGCUCCGCAAAUGCACCAUGCCAAUUCCUUCACCACUAACAACUGUUUUGGAGAUAACAAGUCGAAAUGGGAAGAACGCAAGGUGACGUCAUUGGAAGAGGCCUUCACAAAGCUUGUGGAUAUGAAUGCUCUGGCUUCACUGAACGCUCUGGGCGCCGUACCAAUGCGUCCAGCACCAGUAGUUAUGGCUAAUCGUGCAGAUCCAUUUGGAGACGACUUUUUCCGUUGA